GGUGGGCCUCGUGGCGCAGCACCCCACCCAGCACAGUCCUGGGGGCGGCCGGGCGGGGACCCCUCGGCGCAGCCACACACCAGUCCCGGGAGGUCCGCCCCUGUGUGUUGCGAAGGCCACGUCUCUGCUGCGCUUCCCCGCACGGAGCAGCUUCUGCGCCGACCCCGGCGCCCCCAGCCCCGUGGCUCCCGCCCAGCUCGCCUCUGGCUGGCCCCAGCGGGAGCCGCCUCUGGGCCGGGGCUUCGCGGUGCCGCUGGGUUUUGAUUUGCUCCUCAUUGAGCAGCCGCGCUCUGGGGUAAUGGAGCCUUUGUGGGCCCAGGUGGAGACUGGGGAGGCAGGAGCAGGCCCUCUGGGAAGCAGGUUCUUUGCCUUGGCGGGUGUUUGCCAAGACUCCUGCCAUGGGGACAGGACGUGCCCUGGGACCCCCUUGGCUCGCCUCCCCCUGGACCCCCCAUGAGCCCAGCCUGUGGCACAGAGUGCUGAAUCAGGCCCUCCUUUGGUCUGUCACCUAGUUAAUGACUCCAGGGUAUGGGAGACAGGCCCUGCCUGCUCUGUGCCAAGGCCUGUGGGUGCAGCUGCAACCUGCCAGCCCAUGGACUCUUCGGGGCUGGUUUGUUCAUGGGAACAGCGCUGGGCAGGAGGGGCUGUGGAGCUGCCUGGGGCCAGUGCAGCCACACAGUGAGGGGCAGGAUGCUGGAACGAUUUAUAUAGUGAGGGUGCUGAGAGCCAUUGAUCCAACUGUAAACCCCAUAUAUAAAAGAAACCACUUCAAGCCAAGGGGUGUGACAGCUCCCCCAGUCCCAGCAUCUAUGGCAAGGGGCCUAGGAAAAGCUGUCAGGGGGCCUGGGCUCCCUCCUUUCUUGCAAGGCACCAGGUCCUCUGGCCUUCUGCACCUUUGGGACCCCACCCAGGGGUGGGCUGGCAGGGAGCCAGGCAAUCCAUCUGGGGGCAGGCUGGCAGGGGAUGGGGACCCCACUCGGGGGUGGGCUGGCAGGUGCGCAGCAUGUGUCCUGUCUAUAGAGCGCCUGCACUAUGACUUGCUGGGAUCAGGCGAAGCCGGCGAGUGCUGAGAGGGGAGAACAGGCCACUGGGGAAGGCUGUGGGGCAGCCUGGGAGCUCCCUGCACCAAGCCCCUGACCCUUCCCAUGCAGGCAGGAGGCAGGGGUCAAACACACCGAAUGCAAACCCAGCCCGAGUCUCCAGGCCAAGUGGGAGGGGUGCCAGGAAACAGGGAGGAACAAGGUUUAAGUUAGAGCAAAAAGCAAAAGCUUCUGCCAAGCCCACCCCCACAAGGCAAUGCCCUGAGCCCACCCCAUGACAGACAGUGAGGGUGCCUGGGUGCAAACUCAGAAUUGUCCCCCGGUCUGGCAUUUGGAAGCCCUUGCUUAGGAGGUGAAAGGGAUGCUGCCCUCUGCUAGUCUGGCCUUACUGAUGUCAGAUGGCACGUUGCCCCAGGGUGUGCCUGGCAUGCAGGAAGGGGUAAUGAGUUCUCUUCAGCCUAGUCACUGGUGCCCAGGGCCCGUGAGCCCCUUCAUGAGCAGGAACCAGCCAGCUAUCUUAUGAAGCUCCAGCAGAUUCCUUUAUUGAGAGGUACAAUUUCAAAUCCAUUAUUCAGUGAGAUGGAGGCUUCUGCUUGGGAUCUCUUUCCAAUAUAGCUGGUGGGCAUGAGAGCAGUGUGCAGGCCCAGGAUGAUCAGCAGGUCUCUCCUGCAUCCCAAGGGAGGCCAGGGAGAGCCCAGAGAAGGAAGGUCAGGAUUCAAAGGGAGUAAUGAAUAACUGCUAUUCCAGAAAGCAAUUCAGGUACUGCCCAGCAGUGGCAUAGAGAACAAGGCAACCCUCCAGAAUUUAUGCCCUGAAGGACCCCAGAAUUUACAAAGAUUAGGAUGGGCCUGCAGAAAGUUUAAGCACCUUGCAACAGCUCCAGACCCUAUGAGCACUGCAUCAGUAAGUGAGCAAGGAGCUCAUAAGGAACCUGGAAACUUCAUUAUGGUAUAGGGUGACCAGAUGAAACAGACAAAAUAUCGGGACAGAUGGGGGAGGCAACAACAGCAACCAAAAAAGCGGCCUGAGCUGAGUUGCCAAAGAAAAAAAAAAACCCGCCAGAGCGGCCAAAGCCGCAAUAUUGGGACAGCUGGCGUCCUGAUCGUACAUCGGUCGGGACGCAGGACAAAAACUAAAAAUCGGGACAGUCCUGAUUUUACCAGGACAUCUGGUCACCCUAUGAUGGUAAGCACAGUGCGUAAGAUUUCAGUGCAUGGCAUAAAGCGCCUAAUGGGAGGCUAUGUAAGAAACCUGAGGCCAGCAGAGCACGGAGAAUCUGCAUGUCAGCCAUCUAGUUUUCUAUCCAAGUAUUCAUGUACUGCAGAGAUCUUUGCCUGCAUGCACAUAGGAAGCCUGUGCUAUGCCCUGGCCUUCCUGCGACCCAGGGCAAGUCACAUAUUAACCUCUCUUGGCCUUGCUCCCCAGCAACAGGAAAUCAGCAGCUCCCACUGCACUCAACAGGAGAUGCAAAUGUCCAACAGGAAAAGUCCUUUGCUUCAGUUUUCCCUGUCUCUAAAAUGGGGAUAAUAACAUUUCCACUCCAUGUGCUUACAGAUCAUCAGGUGGAAAGUGCUGAAUAACCAGAUGCUUUUUCUUCUUCUUCUUCUCAUGCUGAGCUUAUAAUUGUUGUGUCCUCCUGUGGACUCUCGGCAGCACAAGCUCAGAUGUUAUAAUAUAUUCAGAGAAAUAAUUAACUGUAUCAACCCAUACAGAGUCCAAAGAGCAAAACGAGGCCUGUGCAUGGCUUUGAUUGGAGGCUGAUCUAUAAAGGAAGUGUGAAGUCAGAACCACUGGCUGGUUUUGCAAGGUAACCAAGCAAAGUGCCAGAAUGUUUAAAAUGUGCUAAAAGAAUGAAGGUUCCUUGCCUGUAAAGUAACCAGAGUUCUGGGAGAUGAGACUCAUAAACAGGAGGAUGCAGAGGCUCAUCUCAGAGAAGAAACAUCCAUUUUUCUAAGUCCCAUAAUUCACUGACCCCAGACUUCCAAAGGAAUGACAGAAGGACCCUCUGUGUUGGGGAAGGGUGGUCAGCUGUUUAAGAGAGGGAAGAUAUGAGAGAGAGAAACUUUGCAAAAUACAUUUAAAGUAGCCCGGCUCCUUAUUCUCCCUUGUCUUCAGCUAAACAUAUAUGCUGUUCCACUGGGGAGGGGAAAAGUUUACAGAGAGCUUUCGUGGGAGUAGAUCCAGCAAUAUCCUGAUGGCCAGGCAUUCUAGUUUUUGUAAAGACGUUUUGUAAAUAGUUUGAAUGUGGCAUUGUGAUGGAAUGGGGAAAAUGUCCGGGCAUGAGCAGGGUCCCCAAUCUGCUAAGAGUAGCUAUGUCCUCUUUCAAUUUCUCUGUUAAAAGAAACCACUAUAGGCUCCUGCUCCAUGGACACUCCCCUUUUCCAUUACUUUGGUUUUAAGUGUAGUUCUGAUAUUCUUUGGGUCAGGGGGUUUGAAGGUAGGUGGGUAGGAGCCAUGUGCCAAACCAGCAUCAUCCUUGCACAUUACUUGGGUGCUGUGUAUGAAGCUACCAUGACUUUCUAGUUUUCAGUGCCUACGCUGUAUAACUUUCAGUGUUUCCAUCUUCUGAUAACAGCCCAGCCCCCUCUCCAGUAAUAUUCAGCACUCACUUGCCCCCACCCCCACCCUCCCAAAUGUGACACUGAAAACCAUGAGCUAAGGGAGACUACAGACAAACACAAAAGGUCACAGACAGGAUGGCGAGGGCUUUGUCAUGCAGGAGAUAUGCUGAGUUCCUGACCAUGCCUAGGAAAGAGGCACCAGCAGAACACCUCCAUCUGGAUGCUUGCUCUCAGGGGCUCUGUGCUCCUGGGGCAGCACAUCUAAGACUAUUGUGCUGGAGAGACGUUGGUUCUGAACUUCCAUUCAGAAGCACUGUGAGGCCUAGAAUGGUAAACAGACAGUAACUGAAUUUCAAUCGGCAGCACUAGGCAGUGAGGUGCAAACCCUCAGCAUGGCUCUGAGCCCCGUUAUCGCUGCAGCCAGCCAGGGCGUGCCUGGUCUUCUGGGUGUCCAGUGCCUCGCCUGCUGCAAGGGGCCGAUAGAGGAACAGCGAGAGCUCACCACCCAGCCUUUGGGGUGUGGUCAGGAGCCCUUGGCAAUGGAUAGUCUCCAGGGACUUGAUCCUGCCCUGGGCUGAGCACCCUCUAGGGCAAAUGGAAGUAGAGGGUGCUCAGCACUUCCCAGGAGUGCUCAGCAGGAUGGCGCCUGAGAGGUAAGUUUAAGAGAACGUUGGCAUGGCUGGUGGUAAGAUUGUGCACAUUCUUCAAACCGUGACACUACAAAGAUUUCCCCAGUGCUUAGCAGACUGCUGGGCUGCAUCCUGCACCCAGUGAGGACACAUCCCCCAUUGCGAGCCAUGGGAGCAGGAUUAAUCCAGUGUUGGCGCUUGCAUGGGACACACUGGUUGCAGAGGCUCCAGGGAGCCUGCCAGGGCCCCAGGGAACAGCAAGUGUGAAAUCCUGGCUUGGCUCCACAGAGGCAGGGGAAUGCAGAGCUGUAGCUGGGACAGUUCGCCCACCCAACCCCCCACGGCACAGCACCCAGCACAGAGCAGGGACAGCACCAGCCCUACAAACGGAUUUCAAAGGGAGGCAGACAAGAUUCUGGAGCUCCAAAGCCAGGGCGAGAGACACCCCUCGAUUCCCUCAGACCCCUCCAAUCCUGCUUCACACCGUCCCUCAAAUCAAGUCUGUAAUAAAGUGAUGCUUUAUCAGGAAAAGAGGGCCUUGAGCUCAGAAGAGGAGGCUCCCCAUGGCAUUCAGGCAGAGUAAAGCAAGAAAGAUCCACCUCCAACAUACCUACUCCAUGUCUCCUGGCACCCCCCAUCACAGCACAUCCUGGGCUUUGUGGGGAAGUAUGUGUGAGCCUGGUGGAGAGUGUGUGUCUAUGGAGAAGGGAGUGUGUGUAGACAGGAGCAAUGUAUGUGUGUGGGGAGGCGAGGGCAUGAGGGAUCCCCUGAGAAUGUCAGGGAUCAUGGAGAAUGUCUCAUCGCUGAGUGAUGAGGAAACCACUAUCUGAAUGCGGGAUACAGUGCAAGAUCGCAGAGACAGCAUCCUUCUCCAGAGUGAGUGACCUGCCCCUAGGGCAGCAGCGGAGAGGAAUGACAGAGGGACCCAGGGGAUCAAACCCUGGACAUUGGACCCAGGAUGGGUCGAAUCCCCUCUGCCAGGCAUCUGAGGCCUCUGUCUCUGGCCACACUCUGCCAACGCUUGUAUGAACAGCGUGUCAUACCAGCAACUUCCCACUGAACCUAGGAGCAUCCAUGGAGCUAAGCUAUGUGCGCGUGCAGGAGGGCGUGUGUCUGUGCUUGGAGGGAAGGUGCAUGUGUGUAUAGCAGGGGAGAGACUAUGUGUGAGUGGUGCAGGGCAGUGUGUUUAUAGAGGGGUACGUGUCUGUAUUUGUAAGGCGCAGUGUGUAUAGGGGGCAGGUUAGGUCACUGCAUUAUUAUGAUAUGUCCAUUCAUUGUAAUAUAUUAUUGCUGAUAGUCCAAUACGAGAUCCCAGCUAUGACCUGGGCUGCCUGGGCACAGCAGAGCAGAGCUGUUCCUGUGUGUCAGAGGGAUGGGGGGCUUUGAAAUGUGCCCCUCUACCCAGGCCCAGGCUGCCCGCUGCAGCUCCGGGCCAUGGCUGACAGCCACAUGAGCUCUGGAGGAGUCAGGGCCAAAUGGUUUAAAGCCCAGGAUGGGAGCUGCAGCAAGACUCCAAAUUGACCCUGACACCACAGGGCACCACCCAUCUUCUCCUAUGCUCAGAUCAGGUCUGUGAGGGGCAAGAUCAACAUAGAGGUUGGGGGGGGAGGGAGCUGCCACUGUGGGGGAGGUUUAGGGUCCCUGAGCUAUCUCUCUCCAGGGAUGUGCUGCCAAUAGUUUACCAAGGGGCUCCCUUUGCCUGUGAAAGCCCAGGUCCCAGGGUGUGCUGUGGAGACACAGGCAAGGGGCUGGGUGAUCUGCUUGUUGGUUCAUUUAGAUAACCUGCUCUCCUAUAGGCAAGGAGAGAGGCAGCCCCUGACUCAGCAGCUUCUGCUGGACAUGGCCAGGCUCUGCAUACUGAGCAAGUGCAGUAUGCUGCUGGCAUCAUUGCAAAGUGGGAAAGGUGGUGACUGAGCCCAGCCAACCCCCUAAGGCACAUGCUUGUUUAACUGAUUUAGACCAAGCAUGCAAAACAAACUAUGAACAGUGAGGGGUCUUUGCCAGUUAUUCAUGUUUUUUCAUCUUUUACCAAAGCUUUGUUUCCUUUUUCCUUUUCUUUGAGGUUUGCAGUUUCUGUGAUAUUGGUAAUAACUUUGAUGGGUCAAUAUAAAGGCAUUUAAUCCCCUGCCCCCAAACAGUAAGAAUUAAGUGUUUGACAGUGUUAAAUAUUAAAGGCUAGAUUUUUAAAAGUGCCCAGGUGCCCAGUUCCUGAGCCAUGUAAAUACUUUUUAAAAACUGGCCCUAAAUUGCUAACGCAGACUUAUACUAAACCAGUGUUAUGUUAUAACAGGGAGUGUGUCUGUGAUCUGUGUAUGCAGUGUUGCUGUAGCCAUGUUGAUCCCAGGAUAUUAGAGAGAUGAGGUGACUGAGGUGUUAUCUUUCACUGGAUCAACUUCUGUUUGGUGCGAGAGACAAGAAGAAGAGCUUUGGGUAAGCUCGAAAGCUUGUCUCUCUCAACAACCAAAGUUGGUUCAGUAAAAGAUGUUACCUCACCCACCUUGUCUCUUUGAUCUAUGGACAGUCACAAACCUCCCUUCAGCUGGUGGUCACGAUAGCUGUCUUUCAUUCAGGCUAAAUGAAGAGAGCAGCUAAAUGCCUUUUUGUUUAAUGACAGCUGAAAUAAUAGAAGCCACGAGCCAAACCACAGAUCAGCAUGGCAAGGCGGAAUAGGAGCCAAACCAUGUGGGAUUGGGGGUUUUGGAAUUGUGAGCAAAGAUUUGGAAUUGUGAGCAAAGAAACUGCCUCCUGCUCUUUGUGCUGACACAACACGAAAUGUUUUUCAGAAUUUUGGAAUUUCUCACUGGAUGGCUAAGGACGCAACCCUACCCUGGCCUGGACCUGGCGGGAGGCAGGGAAAUGCUGCUGCUGGGUCAGGAGAGUGCUAGGCAAUGACUGGCAGUUCCCCUGUCUCGGGGUGAGGGGAGGGUACAUGGAGUCUCGAGCUGAGCAGCCGAAGAGCUGUGCAUUUUUGGGUGCAUUACAGGUAGACAGUUCUCACAUCACAUGCAUGCUGGCCCUGACUCUGAAAGGCGUUUGCAUCUUUUUGGGUCAGUUUCAUGAUUUUUGGGGUCUGACUCAGGAAUUUUGCUCUCGUAAGGUUGGUGACACUGAGGUUGCCACCCAUUUUUCUGGGGAUCAGCGAGUGGGAGAGGUGGGAUGCCUGGACCAGAAGGAGGCAGCCGCCCCCACUGUCUCCUGCAAUUCUGUGAUGACAGCAUUGGCCCUUCACUGUCCUGCUCCUGACAGACAUUCUGACCAGACCAGGCCAGAGAGGGAACCAAAUGACACCUCCCCUUCCCCAGCUUCAGCUAGAGUCUGAACACCACCUGGAAUGGGAGAUGUGGGUUCCUGCUGUAACCCCAUCCUUUGUACAUUAUUUUCCUUCCCCCCACUUUAUUUCUCCUCUUCUCUAUCUCUCUCCUUUUGCCAUUAUGUAAUUCAGACAUUCAGAGAUUCCAGGCCAGAAGGAACCAUUGUGAACAUCUAGUCUCACCUCCUGCAUAACACAGGCUGGAGAACUGGCCCAAAAUCAUUCCUAGAAAAUAUUAAUAAAUGAUUCUUUUAGAAAAACAUCCAAUCUUGAUUUUAAAAAUGGUCAGAUGGAGAAUCCACCACCCCCUUUGGUAAGUUGUUUCAAUGGUAAAUUACUCUCACGGUUAAAAAAUAAGGCAUUUUUUCCAGUCUGAUAUAUUAAGAGCCUGUCAGAGCCAGCAAAGACUUCUUCCCCUUCUGCAACAUGCCCCUGAGCAGAGAGGCAGCUACCAGCAAUGCCUUCAACAGCCCUGUUCUGGGAACAGUUUGCCAGGUCCUGAUCAGACCAUGGGCCAGGCCUGUGUUUCUCCAGUGGUGAACUUGCAAGUGAAAGUUGGCACCAGAGUUGGAACCUUUGUUUUUUUUGCUCCACUUGUGUGUGUGAUUGUCUUGUUUUGUCUUCAAGAAACCAGGAUUGGAUUCCAAGCACAACACCACCAGCAACAGCAACAACAGCUCCAGCCUAUCUCAACUAACUGCUUCUCUUUUCCCCUCAAAAGGACAGUUAAUACUGGUCAAACAGAGAUAUCCUCUACAAAAAACUCUCUAUAGGUAAAGAGAAAAGAAUAAGCCUUACUUAAUACUUCACAUUUCAAAUGCUUUAGCUGUUUUCUUUCUUUUUCUGUGUCUUUAAUAAAAGCUUUAAAUGAUUUUAAUGGUGGGUAUUACAAUAGGAGCUGCCAGCAAUAACUUGCUAUGAAACUCCAGGCCGCACUGAACUCUUUAAUCUUGUAAGAGUUUCAGGGGAAGCAGUGUGUCCUAGUGGAUAGAGCACUGUACUGGCUUGGGACUCAGGAGACCUAGGCUCUCUUCCCAACUCCACCACUACCCUGCUGGGUGAUCUUGGAAAGUCCUUUCAGCACCCUGUGCCUUGGUUUCCCCAUCUGUAAAAUAGGGAUAAUACUGACCUCUUGUGUAAUGCACUUUGAGGUCUGCUGAUGAAAAGCUGGUAUUAUUAUUAUUUAUUAACAUCUUACCCAUUGUUGGACCAGACCCCACCUUUAUCAACACAGCCUGCCCUGGAUGAGAGUGUGCAUGCUGAGCUUGGGGACAGGGCUGAAGCCUUCCUUCGAUGGGCACUGCACUGUGACCCUGGCAGGAGUGACAAGAUCAGUAUGGCUGAGCUCAAAACAGAUGCACAAAAUGACAGUGUGACCAUAAACCUCUGCUGCCUCCAGAUGGCGCUGUCAACCUGCUUUAUACUCAUACCACUACUGCUAACAGUGCCAACCUGGCUUCAAACAGAUACUUGUACCAAACCAACCAGCCAAAGCUAGAGAUGGGCCUGUGACACAGAUCUGGGUCUGAACCUCCAGGAGUUUAGUGCUGUCUGACACAGGGCUUCGUUUCAGCUCAUUAUAGAAAGAGGGAGCAACUGUAAUAGCUGGAUCUGGAUCUUGCCCAGGUUCUGAACUCCACUCCAGAAUUGAGGUGGCUUUGCCACUAGCUUUGCUUUGAACUGGAGUGAGGCCAGCUCCAGCAAGAAGAAAAUUAUGUGAGCAUCAAACACCUGACCAGAAAAAUCCCACCACCCAUGCAGUUAAUAACAUGUAGUUAAUAACGAAUCCAGCAUCCGUGUAGGUAAUAACUAACCCAUCAACCAUGCAGUUAAUAUCCAGGCAAUAGAGUAUCUGGCACAUUACAAAGCUGGCCAGUUCUCGCGGUUCUAGGAGUCACACUAAUGGGUGACACAAUCCAUUCUGAAGUGCGGCUCUGCCCUGUAGAGUGACUUUGUGGCCUUGUCUUGGGGAUUUCUGAUCCAAUCUGACCAGUUGACAACUUUCACGUGACAAACAAACACGCUGACUUUCACAAUAAGCCAAAAAUCAAGCUAAUCCCAUUUCAAAACAAGCCAAUCACUACGAACCCCAACACCCUAUGUGACUAGAUCCCCCCGGCCCGCAGUCUGGGACUGUAGUGGGCUCACUGUGCACCCCUGACUCUUUCCCCCACGUUGCCCCUGCUUGCCCCUUGCCCCUGCUUGCUGGGAGCCAAUCAAAAAAGAAAAAAAAAAAGAAACAACAAGCUACAAAAAGCUACAAGCCAAACAAGCUACAAGCCAAAAACUCAAAGCCAAUUAAGCCAAAACUAAGCCCAGUUUCUGUGGGUUUUUUUGCUGGUUUGGCAUGUCUGAAUCUGACCUGCUGGCAAGUUCAACACUGUUCUUACUCUCACUCUCAGCCCUGCCUCCUUUAGUUGGCUCAGUUGGGCCCAGCUGCUCUGACACACCGGCGCUGGCCUGAUCUACCCAUAGGGACUGGCUACUCUGUAUCAGGGCCCCACUCCCAGCCAUAGCUGUGUAUGUCAGUGACAGCUCUGUCUCAUUCCUACUGCCCCUGCAGAGCCAGCCCAGCUCUGGGAGAGGGACCUGGGGUCUAUUCUGAUUCAUUUAGCACAGUCAAUGCCAUUAGAUGAGUUCCCACUCUAGGGCCAAAUUGAUCAUGCAGUGACAUCUGGGUACAUGAAGAGAGCAGGGUGCACAGCUGGAACGGAAACCAGUAUCUUUAUUGCCAUUGACGUGCAUGAACCAGGAGAAGCCCCAUGUGACUAUGAGAGCCUGUGGGCUGCGGCAGGGCUGGAAGAACAGUCCAUCAAGAGUAGUGGAGCCCAGUGGUCACCCACUCCCAUUGCGUGGUGUGACCCUUUAAGAUUUUGAAAGGUCCAAUAUAUAUGCAAGGACUUAGGAGAUAGUGGUAGAGGAUGUUGUUGCCUCCCCCUUCCACCCCCGUAACACCUUUUAGGGUUGCCAACCCAGGAGUCUCCAGGAAUUAAAGAUUAAUCUUUAAUUAAAGAUUAUGUCAUAUGAUGAAACAGCCAGGAAUACAUCCUACCAAAACUGGCAACCCUACCUUUCAUAGCAGGGCAGGCACCAGUAGGACAAUGCUGCCUGCUGAACUUUCUGAGGCUGAGGACUAAAUGGGCGGAAGGGGCCAGCUGAGAAAGAAGCUGGCUGAGGCCCUGCACCUGGCUAACUCACAACCCAGCUCCAAGGAGGAGAGCUGGGGACUAUGGUUUAAGGAGAGAAAGAGAGACUAAAAGGUACUGGGAAGAAGGCCCAGAGGACAGGCUUCAGAGGAGCCCUGAAGGCCAGAAGAACCUUUGAGACCAUUGUUUGGACUUGUUACCCUGAAAAGGGAUUGAUCUCAGUGACCCAGCUGGAGGGCUCAGCCACAUGAACCCUGGGAGAGAUAGAACACCCUGGGGAGGAGGAAACUGAGACAGGGAGCACAUGCAGGGCCACAAAGGGGCAUGCUGGAGCGCAGUACCCCUAGACAGGCCUGUUAGAGCUGAAACCCAAAUUUAGACCCCGUGAAACCCAGGGGAUCUCUUAAAGGUGGGAAGUCUUUGUAACCCUUUUAGAAAUCCAAUAGUACUUGGGUGGAAAAAAACAGAUCUUCCCUCUACAGGAGGAUAGAAUGUGGAACUAGCUGCCAAGUGAACUCUCAGGGAAUGGAGGGAGAGCCCUGUCCCCGUUCGGUGGAGCAGGUGACCCAGAAUAAGCUGUGUAGAAGCCUGCAAAGAAGAAGUACCCCUCUACUGGUACCACAGAGAGAAGUGGUACCCCACUUCAUGAGAGAGCAGACUGAAGAGCUUCACCCAGGAGAGGGACACCUCGGUGCUGAAUUCAUUUCCCAGGAGUUCUUUGCAGACAUUCAGGAUCACCUGAAACAUGCUCUGUCAAAGGAACACAGAGCGAGUGAGACACAAAUGCAAAAUUGCAUUAAGAUGUGUUGGAUAUUCUUCUUAUCAGCAUCAGUUAACAAAGCCAUGAUGCCUGGAGGAUGCUCCCUGAUGAAGUGACAAGAUAGCAGACAAUUUUCAGCCCCUGCUUUUGGAGGAAGCCAAGCAUUCUAGAUGAGUUCACCAAGAACAGACAUAAAUGUUCAGUGUGAAACCACUGCUUCGACAGGAGGGGACUGUCUGUGACACAGGACUUACUUUCAUUCUGUACUCCAGAGAGACAGAGGGUAUGUCUACACUACGAAAUUAGGUCGAAUUUAUAGAAGUCGGUUUUUUAGAAAUCGGUUUUAUAUAUUCGAGUGUGUGUGUCCCCACAGAAAAUGCUCUAAGUGCAUUAAGUGCAUUAACUCGGCGGAGCGCUUCCACAGUACCGAGGCAAGCGUCGACUUCCGGAGCGUUGCACUGUGGGUAGCUAUCCCACAGUUCCCGCAGUCUCCGCUGCCCAUUGGAAUUCUGAGUUGAGAUCCCAAUGCCUGAUGGGGCUAAAACAUUGUCGCGGGUGGUUCUGGGUACAUAUCGUCAGCCCCCCGUUCCCUCCCUCCCCCCCCCCAUGAAAGCAAGGGCAGACAAUCAUUUCGCGCCUUUUUUCCUGAGUUACCUGUGCAGACGCCAUACCACUGCAAGCAUGGAGCCCGCUCAGCUCACUUUGGCAAUUAGGAGCACAUUAACCACCACACGCAUUAUCCAGCAGUAUAUGCAGCACCAGAACAUGGCAACGCGAUACCGGGCGAGGAGGCGACGUCAGCGCGGUCCCGUGAGUGAUCAGGACAUGGACACAGAUUUCUCUGAAAGCAUGGGCCCUGACAAUGCAUGCAUCAUGGUGCUAAUGGGGCAGGUUCAUGCUGUGGAACGCCGAUUCUGGGCUCGGGAAACAAGCACAGACUGGUGGGACCGCAUAGUGUUGCAGGUCUGGGACGAUUCCCAGUGGCUGCGAAACUUUCGCAUGCGUAGGGGCACUUUCAUGGAACUUUGUGACUUGCUUUCCCCUGCCCUGAAGCGCAUGAAUACCAAGAUGAGAGCAGCCCUCACAGUUGAGAAGCGAGUGGCGAUAGCCCUGUGGAAGCUUGCAACGCCAGACAGCUACCGGUCAGUUGGGAAUCAAUUUGGAGUGGGCAAAUCUACUGUGGGGGCUGCUGUGAUGCAAGUAGCCCACGCAAUCAAAGAUCUGCUGAUAUCAAGGGUAGUGACCCUGGGAAAUGUGCAGGUCAUAGUGGAUGGCUUUGCUGCAAUGGGAUUCCCUAACUGUGGUGGGGCUAUAGAUGGAACCCAUAUCCCUAUCUUGGCACCGGAGCACCAAGCCGCCGAGUACAUAAACCGCAAGGGGUACUUUUCGAUAGUGCUGCAAGCUCUGGUGGAUCACAAGGGACGUUUCACCAACAUCAACGUGGGAUGGCCGGGAAAGGUGCAUGAUGCUCGCAUCUUCAGGAACUCUGGUCUGUUUCAAAAGCUGCAGGAAGGGACUUUAUUCCCAGACCAGAAAAUAACUGUUGGGGAUGUUGAAAUGCCUAUAUGUAUCCUUGGGGACCCAGCCUACCCCUUAAUGCCAUGGCUCAUGAAGCCGUACACAGGCAGCCUGGACAGUAGUCAGGAGCUGUUCAACUACUGGCUGAGCAAGUGCAGAAUGGUGGUAGAAUGUGCAUUUGGACGUUUAAAGGCGCGCUGGCGCAGUUUACUGACUCGCUUAGACCUCAGCGAAACCAAUAUUCCCACUGUUAUUACUGCUUGCUGUGUGCUCCACAAUAUCUGUGAGAGUAAGGGGGAGACGUUUAUGGCGGGGUGGGAGGUUGAGGCAAAUCGCCUAGCUGCUGGUUACGCGCAGCCAGACACCAGGGCGGUUAGAAGAGCACAGGAGGGCGCGGUACGCAUCAGAGAAGCUUUGAAAACCAGUUUCAUGACUGGCCAGGCUACGGUGUGAAAGCUCUGUUUGUUUCUCCUUGAUGAACCCCCCCGCCCUUUGGUUCACUCUACUUCCCUGUAAGCUAACCACUCUCCCC